AUGUCUGAUACAAUCAAAAGUAUCGACUGCUUCGAAGAAGAGAUCAAUAAUCUAAAAUUACAAAAUCUGCAGUUAAUCUCAAUAAUAAACACAAACGAACAAAGAAAUAGGCAACUAAAUAUAGAAAUUGUGGGUGUGCCUGAAUUUACCUAUGAAAAUAUAAAAGACAGUGUCAUAAAAAUUGUAAAAACACUCGGUAUGGAUAUUCAAGCAAGUGACGUUUUGCAAGUAAAUAGAAUCACUCCAAAAAUAAAAAUCCAAGGUCGGCCCAGAGCGAUCGUAACUAAGCUAAACUCAAAGUUACUCAAAGACAACAUCAUUUCUCGUGCACGGAAGACACGAUUGACUACAAAAGAUGUCGAUUUACCAGGUGAACAGAAACAUAUUUUUAUUAAUGAACACCUCACUCCGUACAACAAACAGUUAUUAAAAAAAUCUAAAGACCUGGCCAAAGCAAAAUAA